GCGCGAAAGUUUGCACCAAAACAACAUGUUGCAACAUGUAGCGCGUAGGUGAUCAACUGGCAAUUUUUUUCUGUACAUAUUUUCCAUUCUUGUGAUCAAUGCGUCUUUUUGAAUCACUUUUGCAUCUCACUUUGCUUUAUUAUUACAUGAAUACACAGAAUUGGAAAGGUGUAGGAAUAGACAUCAGAAGAAAGGCCGAAAUUGUGAAACCCCAGUGCAUUGUCCACCCACUGAGUCGGUGGGCUUGUAGCGAUUUACAUGACAGAUUGCAGUCGGCUUUCCCAGACAAACAAACGCAGCGGCCUCCCUUUUGUAUGGAUAUUGUGUAUUUGACGGUAGGCUACAAAAAUCGCUGUGAUUAUCAUGGAAAUCGGGACAUCCAUUGUCAAGCAUCUUGCCUAAAUCGCCACCAGACAUAGCCCAGACAUUUGUUACAGUUGUAACACCGAUCCUGACUGAAUAAGUAGCAGGAAAAUACGUUCUGAGAUUUUUGAGAAUCCUUCCACAACAAGAAUGACGUUCAUGACGUGGGACGUGGACCCCAUCGUUACGCAGCACAUCUACGAUGACCUGGGUGUACGGGAGAUCCUGGUGGACGAUGACAUUGUAGAGAAACUCCGUCCCACCCCUCCCAUCAUGGUCAACAAUGGACUCUUCCCACCCAAGCCCCGAAAGGUUGAGACAGUCCACUCCCACCCCGGGGAGAGCAGACUUCGCCCCCUGCAACAGACCACACCCUGUCGCUGGAUGUCACGGAAACACGACAGGCAGAAAAAUGAUUCAACUAUGGGUCAAGUUCCCUGGGAGAGAUUGUCAGACGAGCUGCUCCUGUCUGUCUUCAGCUGGCUCAACAAACGGGACCUGUCCAGGUGCAUGAUGGUCUGUAGUAGAUGGCAUAACGUAGGUUUGGAUGAGUCUUUGUGGGGGAGAAUAGAUCUGUCAGGCAAGGCCCUGCGGCCUGCAGCUCUAGGCUAUCUGGUGGCCCGAGGGGUGACUGUUCUGAGGCUAGCCAGAACAGAUGUCUGCUCCCCAGUCUUCCAUGAUGAGAUGGGGCUCAACUGUCUGUCUGUCCAGGAAUGCCCCCUGAAGCUGCAGUAUUUGGACCUGUCCAUGUCUAACAUUGAGGCGUCAUCAGUGAACGAGAUCCUGCGGCUGUGCAGUAGACUUGUCAAACUCAGCCUGGAGUCCUGUAGUGUGUCAGGGGAGACACUCAGAUACAUUGGUCAGUGCUCUGACCUGGACACCCUGAACCUAGCCAUGUGUACAGGUAUAGGGGAGGACCACGAGGCCAUGGCUUACAUGAUGCAGCAGUGUAACAAGCUGAAGAGUCUGAAUAUUGCCUGGACAAAUCUCAAUUACCCCACACUAGCUGCUGCUGUAAGUAACCUUCCCAGGUGUCUUGAACACCUGAACCUGAGUGGAUUCAGAAGUCUCCUCACGGAUGAAGCUGUGUAUAUGGUGGUGCAGAGAUGUCCAGGUCUUAUUGAGUUAGAUGUCAGUGACAGUAGCCUGCUGACCCCCACCACCCUGGAGACUCUCAUCAACGGCCUCCCGUCCCUCAGACACCUGGCUCUCAGCCGCUGUUAUCACAUCAACACAGCCUACCUAGUGAAUCUUGGUGCCAUGCCCAAGUUGGCCACGUUAGAAGUCUUUGGUAUCCUGUGUGAGAUCGGCAUCGCUAAUCUAAAGGAACUCCUGCCACGCGUGAAGGUGAACACACGGCUCUUCAGCACCGUGGCGCGCCCAACCACCGGCUACCGCUGGACGUCCAUAUGGGGACUCAAGUGUCCCAAUAUGUAGAGUCAAAAGCCUUUUAGAAAUCAAUGACUUAGGAAGAAAGUAAAGUCACAAUAUGCCAAAUAGCAGAUACUCAACCAAAUGGAUAUGAUUUGGGAUGCCUAUCCUUCAUUGGCAUAUGAAGGUCACAAUGAUUUGAAAAUUACUCUUGACUAAAGGAAAACAUGUCAGCAUUAUUUUGAGUAUUUGCUGAUCUUGCCAUGAAGCAGAUUUUGUAUGUAGGAUUAGAAUGCAAUAAUGUAGCAAAUUGAGAAGAUACAUGUCAUGUCCACUAAAGCAGUAUCUGCAUGUUCUUUUAAUCGUUCCACAAACCACAUUAAUCAAAAAUAUUCCAAUGAAAUGUUAAAACAUUCUAUAUCAAAGGUAAAUUCCAUUGUAAACUUUUCAAGUAAAAAUUUGUAUUUCUGUCAUACUUGAAAAUUGUAUAUAGCUUCUUAUUUUGAUAUUGUCUGAUUGUAAAACUAGAUAGCAAGAUUGUACUGUAAUGAAUACAUGUAUGUGCAUUAGCUAUUACUUUCUGCCAUUGAGGAAAUUGUUAUUAUUGAUACAAUUUGCUUUGUCAACUAAUUUGGUGCUCAGUUUUAAAUUUUGAAUUCUUAGAAUGUUCAAAUUUUAGCUUCUUUGGUAAGUUGUAGUGUUCUUCUCACGGAGAGGGCUGAUGUUAGGCCAUCUGGUAGUUGGACUAAUUUCUUAGAGUUGGGUAAAUUUGAUAUGUUAUAGACAUUUUUGUUUAACUUUUGUUUGAGUUCAAGUUAAAAAAAUACAUGUUACUGUUUGUAUUACUGAUGUCACAGCAGUGUUGCUCUUAUUGUUGCUAGUUUAUGAAUUAAUUGCUACAAUCAUGGUUCGAAUUGGAUAUAUGUAGGCAAAUGCAGUAUUUGUGGUCCGAGGAACAAUAUUCCUAGCAAGCUAUUUGUUUCUUAUUGCUUCUCCCAAGAACUAAGAAGCACAGAAGAAACUUUCCCUUGCCCCUGUUGUGCAAAGAAUGUUUUUGUGUAUCAUCCCUCUCAAUGCUGCAAUGUUUGUUAUUAAGGUUUCUUUAGAAUUUUGUUUUUUCAGAGGGAGAUUUAUACAAUAUAUGGUGAUGGGGAAGUGAAUUUAUCUGUAGAGGUAGAGAAGAAAGAUUUAUGAGUAGUACAUGUA